UUCUCUUCCUCGUAUGGAUAAAGGAUCCCUCUCACUCAAACAUUUCUUGGAUUAAUUUUCCUAUAUGUAUAUAUAUAUUCAUUCAAGUUUAGAGAGUUUAUUGCGGAGAAAUAUAAAAUAUCCGUAGACUUGGGACUUGGGUUAGUCUUACAUGCCAUUGUUAGGGCUAGUUUGGAAGUCACUAGAUCUCCAGUGCUAAGCUAGUAGAGUAGUUUUUUGGCCCAGUCACACCUAGGCAUUGCUUGGGUAAGAUGGUGUUUGGUGCGUUUGGAUCCUUAAAUCGCAUUGAAUAAUCAGUCGUAGACCAAGGGUUUAAGGGUUCAGGUGAGACACCAACUAGAUCCUUUAUCCCAAAAUAUCGUAUAAUCAGUCUUACUACCCGUCGAAACAAAGCCUUAACAGCUCGAGGUUGGAAUUUCAAACCCCAGCUCUCCUCCCCAGGGCCAUAAGUUACGACAGAAAAUGCUUAUUUUAAGAGAACAAGACAUGUAGGACAGUAGGAGAGCUAUGUGAUAAAUGAAUAUGACACUUAACACUUAAAAAAAUCAAGGAAAAAUACAACACAAAAAACAAGUUAUGAAGUGACACAGAAAUGGGAGAUGAAAAAAAAAUAUAAGCUAUAGGGAGGAAGUGGGAUGUAGUAUUAUAUUAUAGUAGCAGCAGAUACUGAUCAGUCUCCUGCUCAGAAACCUCUCCCUAUCUCUUCUGUCAUCCCCAUUAACACUUUUGGCCGUUUUGGGCGAUUCAACCCUCCACUCUCUUCACCAAUACCCUUUCUCCAGGGGCAUGGUAAAGCCUACCCUGCAUUGUCUCUGUUUUUCUAUUAUUGCACCAUUCCAUAAACCCAACACUCUCAGUUCACACUCCAUUUUGCAGUGCAAUAUUUUAGCUAGUUAACUAAGAAAGUUGAAAGAGCAAAAGAAAGAAAUGGAAGAAAUUUCAAACAGAGAAAGAAGAAGAAACAACAAAACCGUCAUGGAUCUUCACUCUAUUAGCUCUUUAGCUCUUGUUCUGAACCUCAUUGUCUUAAUUGCAACCUCAAAAGGUGUAUCAGGUGCUUCUUUCAAAUUUGUCAACCGAUGUGACUACACUGUAUGGCCCGGAAUAUUAGCAAAUGCAGGCAGUCCUACACUCGACAGCACCGGAUUCGAGCUACCAAAAGACUCGUCUCGUUCGUUUCAAGCCCCAACAGGCUGGUCUGGUCGUUUCUGGGGCCGAACAGGCUGCACAUUCGACGGAUCCAGCUCUGGAACCUGCCUAACAGGGGACUGUGGGUCGGGUCAGAUGGAAUGCAACGGACUCGGAGGUGCUCCACCCGUAACUCUGGCUGAGUUCACUCUUGGAACAGGAGGGCAAGAUUUUUAUGACGUCAGCCUUGUUGAUGGCUACAAUAUCCCCAUGAUCAUUGAAGGCAGUGGCGGGUCUGGUCUUUGUGCGUCGACCGGGUGUACGACUGACUUGAACCAGCAAUGCCCCUCGGAGCUCCGGGUUGGGGAUGGUGAUGCUUGCAAAAGCGCUUGUGAGGUGUUUGCGAGUCCCGAAUACUGUUGUAGUGGCGCAUACAGCACACCCUCGACGUGUAAACCGUCAGUUUAUUCUGAGAUGUUCAAGGCCGCAUGUCCAAGAUCUUACAGCUAUGCGUACGAUGAUGCUACAAGUACUUUCACUUGUACUGGAGCAGAUUAUACGAUAACGUUUUGUCCCUCUUCUCCCAGUCAAAAAUCUUCGAGAGAUGCUAUACCAGUUGCAGAAGCUACCCCAACGACAGGCUCAACAUCACAAGGAUCAGGAUCAGAAUCUGAGUUAACUUAUUCGGGUAAUGGUUAUGGAUAUUCUGGUCCAGCGUAUUCAAGUUCUGGUUAUGGAUACUAUGGAACUGAGUACUCAGGUUCAGGUUUUAACUCUGAAGUCGGAUCUGGACAAACCGGGUGGACAGAUGGGUCAUGGUUAGCUGGUUUGGCCAUGGGAGAUUCACCAAGAACAGCUUAUCCCUAUAUUCUACAAUCUGUACUCAUGGCAUUAACUGCUGCCUCUCUCUUGUUUUCAUUUCUUUACUUGUAGCACAUCUCUAUCUCUGUAUGAUGGCUUUUGGUAUUUUUGUUAAUGUGAAUUCUUUACAGAAUUGCAGCUUUGAUGGGUAAAUUGGGUUUGGUUUUUGUUUGAAAAGCUGGCAGAUUCAUGGUCCAGUUUGUAAACCAUCAGCUUCAAGAUUCCCCCUUAAAAUUUCAAUGUACUAUAAAUUAAAAGGUCUUGUUUCACUCGAAGGUUAUUGUGAAGUUAAAGCAGCCCAUCAAAAUCUAGAGGAAUUGCUUGAUUUUGGUCUAGCAUUUUUGGUUUUAUCUUCUGUUAUCUUGCUUUAUCGGUUUUGGUUCUUUGUUUCUUUUGGCUAAUUGGAUUGUAAAAACGAGAGAUCUUCCUUAAAAGCUUGUUUGUAAUGUAAUUAUAUGAUGAGAAUUUUGGCCGUUGUAUGCGAAGGACGCCAAAUAUCAAGUUUUCAGCUCAGUUUUUUCCGUUGUCUGCCAUGGAUUUGGAAGAGUAUUGCUUCAUGAUAUCUCUUCGUUCGGUGGAAAUGGAAUCAAUAGUUGUAAAUUAUACUGAAACGUUAGUUGAGUACUAAAGAGACUAUGACAAAAUAACCAAAUGGGGCCUUAAUAAAGUCAGAAUAAAGUUAAGUAGUGGGAUUAUUUACCCUUGAAAAUUUGCCAAAAGAAAGGCCCUUUACUGAAUUGGGAUGAGCCAACUUCUAAAAGGUGGUUUCAAAAAAUGUUUCCACCUCGAGUAAAUGUUGGACCAUCUUAGCUAGGAUAAUGAUUACAUAAUGUCAUCUUAUGUAAUCCUGACAAAUCACAACAGUAAACAGCUGAAAUUCUGUUGUUGUUAUAUUAGGAUUAACAUUUGAACGGUUUAUUUGGCUUAAAGAAACUG